AUUUGAGCGCGUUUUGGUUCCACAUCCGCGAAUUGUUUACCAAAUUGCGCGUAUUUUUCAUUCAACCUCCAAGAAAACUCAACGAGUGUACAAUUUUGUUACAAUUUUAUUCGCUCCAAUUGUUUGUGACUUUGUUUUUAAUCAGUUCAUAAAAUGGCCCACAUUAAUGGCAAGGAAAAUCUCCACACUGGAAUGAAUAACGUACACAUUAAGUCACCUGUUAAAAAUGUACUCGCAUUACGGAACGGUAACGAGAAAGUUCAGAUUGAAAAAAUGGAUAUAGAGAAAGACGCCGACAAGCAGAAAUUUGACCCCCAAUUAGAACCCCUACUGAGGGAGAAUCCUCGUCGAUUUGUCAUAUUCCCCAUCCAAUACCCUGAUAUAUGGCAGAUGUACAAAAAGGCGGAGGCUUCCUUCUGGACCGUAGAAGAAGUUGACCUGUCAAAGGACAUUAGUGACUGGGAAACCUUAAAGGAUUGUGAGAAGCACUUCAUCAAGCAUGUGCUGGCCUUCUUUGCAGCCUCGGAUGGGAUUGUGAAUGAGAACCUGGUGGAGCGUUUCUCACAAGAGGUGCAGGUCACAGAGGCUCGCUGCUUCUAUGGCUUCCAGAUAGCCAUGGAGAAUGUACACUCAGAAAUGUACUCUUUGCUCAUUGACACCUACAUAAGGGACCCUAAGGAGAGGGAUUUCCUCUUCAAUGCAGUAGAAACCCUCCCCUGUGUGAAGAAGAAGGCAGACUGGGCCCUGCAGUGGAUAGCCAGUAAAACUGCCACAUUUGGUGAGCGCAUUGUGGCCUUUGCAGCUGUGGAAGGGAUUUUCUUCUCUGGCAGCUUUGCUUCCAUCUUCUGGCUCAAGAAGAGGGGCCUCAUGCCUGGACUCACCUUCAGCAAUGAACUUAUAUCCAGGGAUGAGGGCCUUCACACAGACUUUGCAUGCCUCAUGUUCAAGCACCUGGUGCAGAAGCCGAGCAAGGACUGUGUGCUGCAAGUCAUCAAGGAUGCUGUUACAAUAGAGCAAGAGUUCCUCACAGAUGCAUUGCCAGUGAGGUUGUUGGGCAUGAACUGCGAACUCAUGUCAGAUUACAUUGAGUUUGUUGCUGACAGGCUUCUUGUGGACCUUAUUGGGGAGAAGCAUUACAACACCAAGAACCCAUUUGACUUCAUGAACCUCAUCUCCCUGGAAGGGAAGACCAACUUUUUCGAGAAGAAGGUCGGAGAAUACCAGAAGUGGGGAGUCAUGUCGAAUCCUAAUGACAAUGUGUUCACACUGGAUGCAGAGUUUUAGCUUUAGCACUUUAGUUUGUAUAUAAAUACUUUUGCCCUAAGUCUGACAGUAUUAGAAUAUUUCUAUUAAUUUUGGUAAUGAUUCUGACUUUUCUUAAUAUGCAUUUUUUUUAAAUGAUACCAGUGGAUUUGGUAUAAUUAUAUGAUGUGACUUAAUUAUAAGAGAUAAGACUAUGAAGAUGACAUUUUAAUAUUUUCUUUCAUGUAACUAAUUAUGUUCACUACCCGUUGACAAUAAACUAAUUUGUUUCUGAAACUAAUUUAUAUAACUAGAAUUUCAAUUCUACUUUAUUAUUAAAGGUGACAAUAUAGUUAGAUAAAGAUCAUAUUGUUAUGACUGCAUUAUUUAAUAAUUAUGCAAGAAAAAUUCACAAUAAAAGAUAAGUUUAUGUUAAGCUAACAUAAUAUUAAAAACUAUGGAUUGUAAGUUAAGUUUCUAGUUAAGAUUAAUUAUUCUGCAAUAAUUGUUAGUUAUAUAUUUUCGAAUCAAAUGCGAAAAUGUAAAGUUAAUGAUGGUUUCAAUUCGAAUCUUUGUGAUAUUAUUAUAAAUGUAAGUUUGAUAAUAUAUAUUCAAUAAUAUACUUUAUUUGCAC